AUGACCCAGCAGGGCGCGGCGAUGCAGAACUACAACAACGAGCUGGUCAAGUGCAUCGAGGAGCUGUGCCAGAAGCGGGAGGAGUUGUGCCGGCAGAUCCAGCAGGAAGAAGAUGAGAAGCAGCGGCUGCAGAAUGAGGUGAGGCAGCUGACUGAGAAACUGGCCCGCGUCAAUGAGAACCUGGCACGCAAGAUCGCCUCUCGAAAUGAAUUUGAUCAGACCAUCGCAGAGACCGAGGCAGCCUAUCUCAAGAUCUUGGAGAGCUCACAGACUCUACUUAGUGUUCUGAAGAAGGAAGCUGGGAACUUGAGCAAGGCCACAGCCUCAGAGCAGAAGAGCAGUGGAGGAAAGGACAGCUGA